CGACAUUUGUCAUCUGGUCACACUGAGGGCGGCAUAUUGUCGCAUAUCUAGUCGAAUAUUUUGACAAAAAGGAAUAAACUACUGAAAAGUUAGGCAGCCUAGUAAAGCCAGCGCUUGGAUAGCAGCGCCGCAGGACAUAUAACAGAGCGUUGGUGGAGCACCCAGUGGCCGCCGGGAGUCGUUGAUAGUUAAGAGGAAUUUGCAGGACAUCGCAGACCAGCAUGUACAACGGCAUUGGCCUGACCACGCCCCGUGGCUCCGGCACCAAUGGGCACGUGCAGCGGAAUUGGGCAUGUGUGCGGCCCGGGAAGAAGGACAAGGACUACCGCGCCGAGGACGACACGAAGAAGCUGGACGCCCAGCUGAACCGGCCGCCGAACAAGGAGAUCCUGGACCACGACCGCAAGCGCAAGAUCGAAGUCAAGUGCCUGGAAUUGGAGGACAUUCUCGAGAAGCAGGGACGCACCCCGGAGGAAAUUAAGUCGCAGGUGGACUCCUUCCGCCAGAAGUUGAUGGGACAGGGCAAAACAGAUCUGGCCAAAGAUGAAUUCGGACGCGUAGCCAACACCACCACAUCCACGGCAACGGCUGCAGUAAGAACCACAGCGACUGCCUCGGCGGCCACUGCAUCAACGAUGACAACAACGACGGAAGCCACCACGGUGAAGGUGGCGAAACCGAAGAAACGACGCAAGCGACGCAAACGCGCAGGUCACGCAAUCACCACCACCACCACCGAAAAGAGCGCCGCCAUUAGCACUCCCGGUAGCAAAACCAGCAGUCCCCGCACCCAAACCGGGGAGCCCGCCUCCUCUGCUCCGUCUGCCACCUCAAAUGGGGCCAGGAAGACCAAGGCUCCCUACUUCCAGCACGACAACCGCGAGUACCUGGCCAAGUACGAGAGCUUCCGUUUGACCGCCCACACGUGGAACUACGCGGCGGUGGCCAGAAAGUUUAAGCCCUUGCGGCCGGCGUUGGCAAGCGGCGCCAACAAGACCAGGCGACCAGCAGUCUCCAAGAGGACUCACCCGGACUGCGCUUGCGCCUGCCAACAGAAGGACCCGGAGCCGGCACUUGAGCCGGCCCACCGAACAGCUGAGCACUCCAUCCAGAAGGAGCUGCCUUCGUCACAGAUGAAAAUCAAUAUCGAUGGCAGCGUCCUGCUCGAGCUGCUCAAGUACUCCUCGAGCAGUCUGCUGGGGACACUGCUGGGAGCCGGCAGUGCUGUGGCCACAAGUGCUCGCGACACCCAUCAAAUAGCCGAGGCUCAACAGCAGAAGAACGCCAGGCUGCGCGAGGCCUUCAACAUAUCCGAGUACUUUGUCGAGGGCAGCAGCUUCGACGGUGAUCGCAAGGCGAAGGAGGACCUGGCCAAAAGCGUGGCUCUCCAAAAGGAACUGGACGCCCAGCGCGAGAGCCUGGCAGCGGCGGCAGCUGCCGCAGCAGCCGGCAAGGACAAGGAGACCGGGAAGCGGUAUGCCCUAGUGCGUACUCCUUCCCGCGAACGGGAUCGCGAUGCUGGCGAUGCGGCAGCCAAUGGCGACGAACGCGAUCAUGUCUCCAAGACGGACAAGAAGAAGCGCAAGAAGCGCGCCAGAGAGAGUUCGGCCAGUCCUGAGCGCAAGAAGAAGAAGAAGUCGAAGAAGCACAAGAAAGAGAGUAAGUCAAAGAAGAAAAGGUCGCGCAAGCGCAAGCACAGCGAGAGUGGCCGGGACAGCGACCGGGAUAGCGAUGAGGAGGAUGACAGCAGCGAGGAGGAGCGACGCGAGUCGAAGAAUGUCCGAAAGAAGGCCAAGAAGGACAAGAAAAAACGCGACAAGAAGCUGAAAAAGAAGUCACGCGCACGGGCCAGUUCCUCGGACUCGGAGCGCACGAACUCUCCCUCGCGGAAGGAGAACAAAUCGGACAGGUCCCGUGGGGCAAAGGCUUCCAAGUCCGAUGAGAAGGCUCCGCAACAGGAAAAUGUCAUGCGAAGCCGUUCUCGCGAGCGCAAGGAUACGAGAUCAUCCCGGCCACUCGAAGCCUCCAUAGACAGUCGUCAACGAAAGCCGCGGGAACGGUCAGCGGCUACUCCACCGCGCAAGGAGCCGGAAAGGCAUCGGGAGCGCUCUAAGGAUAGACAGCGCUCCAAGGAGAAGCACAGAUCGAGGGACAGACUGCGGUCUAGAGAGAGGCAGCGGUCUAGGGAAAGACAACGAUCUAGGGAGAGGCAGCGGUCUAAGGAAAGACAGCGGUCAAAAGAAAGACAGCGCUCUAUUGAAAGACAGCGAUCCAAAGAAAGACAAAGAUCUAAGGAAAGACAGCGGUCUAGGUCGAAGGACGCACUGAGAUGCAAGGAGAAACCGCAGUGCAACGAAAAAGAAAGAUCUAGGGAAAGACGUCGAUCAAAGUCCAAGGAUAGGCAAAGAUCCAAGGAAAAACACAGGCCCAAGGAUGAACAACAAUCAGUAGACAAAAGGCGAGAUAGAUCCACGGAUCGGUCAAAGGAAAAUCAGCGUUCCAACGAGCGCCAACGGUCGAAGGAGAGGCAGCGCUCGAAGGAGAGAGAGCGCUCGAAGGAUAGACAGCGUUCAAGGGAGAGGCGACGCUCUAAGGAGGGGCAACUUUCCAAGGAUAGGCAAGGGUUAAAGGAAAGGCAGCGUUCUAACGAGAGGAAGCGAUCAAAGGAGAGACAGCCCUCCAAGGAAAAACAGCGCUCAAGGGAGAGGCAGCGCUCUAGGGAGCCACUGCAAUCAAAGGACAGGCAACGUUCCAAGGAGCGGCAGCGUUCUAGAGAACGUCCAGCCAAGGAAGCCCGGCCCACACGAUCGCCAAGAGAGCGCAGUUCCAAAUCAAGAGACGACCGCCGACAUCGGUCUCCUACCAAUGCUAGCAGGAAGCAAAAAGAUGACACUAAAUUAAGCCGCAAUGCCCGAUUCAAAUCUCCAGCCCAUUCCCCAGAGGCGCCACCGAAGAAGUCGGUGCCAACGCCAGCCUUCAAUCCCUUUAAGGCGGCCGAGGAUACUGUUAACGACAUCCUUGGCACAAAGUCGGUGAUGGUGGCCCUGGAACAGACUAAGCGACAGCGGGCGGCUUCCAGCUCUAGCUCGGAUUCCGACAGCUCCGGUAGUAGCUCGACUUCCUCGCGUACGCCAUCGCCUAAGCCCACACCUAGGAAACAAAAGAAGAGGAGCAAGACCCCAGAGCUAAAAGAGGUGAAGAAGGAGAUUAGCCCCAGAAAGGAGAGCCGCGUUAGCGUGAAACGGGAGCAAUCAAACUCCCCGCAAAAGUCAAAGUCAAAGAGCAAGGUGGACGAAUCAAGUCCCAAGCGUACGAGCCGUCGUUCUCGCUCUAUUUCCUCUGAGCUGCGCUACUCGCCAGCUGAACGUCAUCCGGAACGCUACCACGACAUUGUGCAGGACAAAAAGCGACCGUCCAAAGUAAGGGAAGCCCACUCGACAAAACCUGCUCCAGUGGUCCGCCUGAGGGCACAAAGCGACGACGGCAGCGAUGCGGAAACAGGAGUAGAUGGUGCCGCCUUGGAGGAAUUCCAGCAGAGCAGGCGCGAACGCGAGGAACAGCAGGAGCUGCGCAUGCUGGAGCAACUGAAGUCUGGUAUAGCGGCCAAGGCCAAGCAGAAGAUCAAGAUCAUGGAGAAAGACCCGGCCAAAGAGGGUAGCGAAGUAAGUGGCAGUGACCAGGUGACGGCUACCAAACGUAACUCGCUAAGCGAAUUCCUUGUUGCUAACAACGUGACCGCUUUAAUUAACACACUGACUACAACCACGGUAACACUAACGACGACGCCCCCGCCGCCUUUGGCGGUGGUUGUGCCGCUGGAGCAGCGCCAGGAGCAGCCUCAGCAGCGGGAUCCGGAUCGAGAGCUGUCUGUGCCUGUGGAGGAUACGGUCAAAAAAAGGGACACUAGCACACCGCCCAUUUGCAAGACGCCCCAAGUGACGGCGAAUGGCGACGCAAAGAGUCCGACAUUGGUUCACAAGAACCACGUGCACCACAACAGGCCGCCUCCACAGCAUAUGCAUCACCACUCGCAGCAGCAGCAACAUCACCAGCAUCCGCCGGGGAAGCGUAUCUUCCACAACCGCACGCUGAACAAUAACCCUAACAGUAGACAUAGUACUAACAACCCUCAUGCAUGUGGUGGUGGCGGGGUACCUCAUUCGAAUUCCAACAGUAGCAAUAGCGGCGGGAACAACAACAACGCGGCCAUGCUCCCGUUUCUGGCGGGUACUCCGGGCACAUACAAUCGCACCACAAACCGCCUCAACCACGGUCCCCUUCUAACCGCCACACACUACAACAUCUGCAAAAACCACCAGCACAGCCUGCAGCAGCAGCAGGCGCACCACCUGGCUCGUGGCUUGGUCUACAACUCGGCUCUCUUCGGCCAUGGACAGCGCCAUCCGGGACUGCUGUCCCUGACGGGAGCUGGUGUGGGCAUGAGUGGGCCAGGUGCUCCGCUGUUGGGCCAUCCGUCGCAUGUCCGGGGUGGUGGCGGGCCCAUUAGCUUCAAUGCGGCGGCAGCGGCUGCGGCUGUGGCCGCCAAUAGUAUUAGCUACCUUCAUCAUCACCAUCAACACCAACAAAAACCGAAAAUCGUUAUAAAACCCUUCAAAAUUCACGAUCCACAGCCUCUAGUCGCGGCGCUCGCGGACAGCUCACUGGUGGAUGCUAUCGUCUCCAAGGUAUCCACGGCCACCGUGGCGGCGGCGGAGAGUGCGGCCCGUAGGAGCCGCAGUCGCGAGCGUCGUAGUCGCAGCAAGAGGCGCACCAGCACCAGCCAUCAUCGACAUGACUCCAGCAGCGAGUCGAGAUCGCGGUACAGCUCGUCCAGCAGUCGCAGCGGAUCGCACAGCUCAAGGUCUGGGUCGCACUCCUCCCGCACCAGCUGCUCCACGAACAGCAGCUCGGGCAGCUCCUCCUCCGGCAGCGGCUCCGGAUCAUCACAGUCCGGCUCUCGAUCGCCCUCCAUCCCAAGGCGUCGCGGCUCGCCAAGCUUUCUGGACAGACGUCGCAUAACGAGCGCUCGCAAGCGACCGAUUCCCUAUCACCACAAGGCGAACGCCGAGGGCGAGGUGGAGGAUGCCUCUAGUUGCUGCUCCAGUUGCUUUAGCCGCGCCAGCAGUCCUGCCACGCCCCUUCUCACGCCCCUGCGCAACAGCCGGAGUCCGUCGAUGGCCGCCUUCUGAGUGUUAACCGCGUCGCUGCGCAGGAUGUGCGGCGAGUCUUGAGGCACAGGUGCCCCCCACAAUCAUCACCAUCAUCGUAGUCACCUCCUCUAGUCAGAAUCCUAGUUUUAAGAUAGUUGUUAUGCGCAUUUAACUUGUUUUACACUGCAUUCCGUAGCCCUAAGUUAGUCAUCUGCCCAUGAAUUUACUAGCGAAAUUAUAUUGUAGCGCCGAUAAAAAGCCAAUAAUUCUCGUUUGUAAGCCUUUGCUCGAUUAUUUGCUAGUUCUAAGCUGCGUUUUAAUAAAAAAAAAACAGACAUUAUUUGUUGCAUCUC